UUUUUUUUCUUUGAACUUGUCUUGACGACUGGCUAAGACCACUGGUUGGUCCAUCUUGCAACACCCAACUUUGCAAGAAUUUGCGUUUACUAAUCGAUUAUUUUGCGUUUUUACUUGAAAUAAAUUGUGAAAUAUGAACUUUUCUUAAAAUUACAUCAAAAUAUCAUCCCCCAAAGUAACUAGUGACCACCAGCUUCAGCCAAAUUCGCAAUCGGAAUGGACUUCGACAGUCCGGACGUGGAAAAAGAUUUCCCGGGGCUGUACGCCUCGGAAACGGGUGGCAAAAGCAAAAAAGAUGACAAAGAUUUCGUUGAAGCGGAGGCAGAAAAAGUAAGCAAGAAAGAGCUGCUGAUUGGUCGGCGGAAGGACAAAAAAGAGAAGAAAACAGCUUACGCCGCGCUGGAAGGCGAAAGCUCCCCGGAGGAAGAGUUGGAAACUAAAAGCCCUUCAAAAUCUAAAAAGUCUAAAGCUUUCAAGUUUCCAUCCAAAAGUAAGGAAAAGCGUGAAAAAUCCCGCGAAAAGGAAAAGGAUAAACCGGAAACGUCCAAAGUAGAAGAUGCAAAGCAACCGGAAAAACCUGAGAAGGAGAAGAAAAAAGAUAAAGACAAGAAAGACAAAGACAAAAAGGAUAAGUCAAAAGAUAAGAAAGAUAAAAAGUUAAAACAGAGCAGCGUAAGCGAAGAAGUCUUAGAACUGGGAGAUGCCCAACCAAUCUUCGGAGUAUCGCUCGGACUUGCUGUUGAACGAAGUCGUUGCCACGACGGAAUCAACCUCCCAUUGGUGGUUCGAGAUUGCAUCGACUACCUACAGGAGCAUGGUCUAAAGAGCGACCAGCUUUAUAAAGUGGAAGCCGUCAAAUCGAAGCUCCAGCAACUGAAGAAGCUCUAUAACAACCGCGAAGGGAGCUUCGGCCACGACUUUGAUGUUUCAACGGCUUGUGGUUUGCUGAAACUAUUUCUACGCGAACUUCCAGAACCCAUCCUGACCACUGACCUAUCGACACGGUUCGAAGAGGCAGCCUCGCAUUCGCAAGUUUCCCAACAGGAGCAAGAGCUGGUCAGUUUGGUCGAACAGCUUCCCAGCAGUAACAGAACCCUACUGGCAUGGGUGAUCCUUCACCUGGAUGCCGUCACGCAGAACGAAUCGCACACCAAGAUGAACGCACAGAACAUUGCGAUGCUGCUGAGUCCGACGCUGCAAAUGUCUCACCGGUUGUUUGUGGCUAUUCUUUGCCAUUGUAACAAUCUGUUUGCGGAUACGGAACUACUCAAGUAUGUUCCUCCGAUUACAGCAUCAAGUCCCAAUCUGCCGGAAACGCCGGAUGAAAUUUCAACCGAAUUGAGAAAACAGGAGAGUCUUCUAGCACAAAUACACGCCGAAAUGAAUGCCGGGUUUGUGUCGAAAAAACGAGAAGAACAACUGUGGGAAGUGCAGCGCAUCAUUACACAACUGAACCGAAAACUGAAGUCGUUCGAGAAAAAAUCGGAUGGUGCUCAAAAAAGUUUGGACGAUACUGUGGAUGGGGACAUUUCGAUUGAUUUGAACAAAGCAAAGCUAUCAUGUUCGGAGGAUGAAUCCUCUAUCAAAACGGUAGCCGGAAUUUCAACGGAAUCCGCUACAAAUACCGAGACGAAAAAUACUCCCCACGAGACGCCCGAGGACUCGGCACUUAUCGAGCAGAAAAUUAGCGAAAUAGAAUCACCGGAACACACCAAACCGGAUCAACCACCGGUCGUUUCGACCGACGCCGCAAAAAUAAGUGACAAAGUUACCGUCACUGAUAAUGGGUUCAUGUUACUCCCAGAAAACCAUCCGGACUAUCUGCUUCUCAUCCGGCUACAGUUGGAAAACCAGGAACUGCUGAACUGGAAGGCACAGCUGCAGGCUCGCAUCAAUGCAGAACGUGCCGAAAUUGUUCGCAUGAAACGGCUGUUGGUCACGGAUAACGGAGUAACGCAGCACGGUCCGAGUAGUUUGGACUGCUCGGUCAGCGAUAACGAAGAUUACGAACGGUUGGUGGCUCAUUAUGCGAAGGAAAACGCACUGCUGGAACAGAAACGGCAAAUGCUGGCAAAGGAAAUUUUCGAGGAAAGCAAGGCUUUGAUUCAGAUGCAGGUGGACCUUGCUUUGAAUCGUUAUAAAAUUUGAAACGCUUUCCGUUGAGUUCAAUGGAAUAAUCUCUCUAUGUAGAAUUAAGUGCAAAUUUAUAAUCAUAUUUGUAUAAAAUUAUAAUCCCGUAGUGUAUUUUAAUGCUAAAUAAAUGUUAUUUGUGAACUA